GCAGUCGUCCGCCUCGAGCAUAGACAUGAAUGAGUUGAGACCAGACAAGGACCCGGAGCCUUCAAGAUCUGCCUUGGAAUGUCGCACUCUCUGGAAAACCUCCGGGGUGUGCAACUUCUCGAAGCCGAAUAAAUUAUCUUUUGAGUCGGGGCUGCUGAAUGACUUGUCGCUGAGCCUGCUGUAGGACCGGCGAACUUUCUGUGACCACACCGCGUCCUCUGGAUCCGUUGCCGGCUGUUGGGGGCGAGAGGGCGGCGGUGAUGAUGGCAGGAUCGGUGAGGGCAUAGCGGCCUUCUUCUUCUCUUUCUCCCCAGUCGAGGAGCUGCGGCGGGUCCGGAUGGGAACCAGGUCGGACGCCCUCUGUUUCUUCUGCUGGCUGCCAUCCGUCUCUGACAACCUCGACUAUGACAAAAUGUUCAAGCUCAGUGAGAAGAUUUUGAUGCUGUGUGUUGGUGAAGCUGGAGACACCGUACAGUUUGCAGAGUAUAUCCAGAAGAAUGUCCAGCUUUACAAAAUGAGGAAUGGUUAUGAGCUCAGUCCAGCAGCAGCAGCAAACUUCACACGAAAAAACCUGGCAGACUACCUUCGGAGCAGGACGCCGUAUCAUGUGAACCUGUUGUUGGCGGGCUAUGAUGACACAGAUGGCCCAGGUCUCUUCUACAUGGACUACCUGUCUUCCCUGGCCAAGGCCCCCUUCGCUGCCCACGGCUACGGAGCCUUUCUCACUCUGUCCAUUCUUGAUCGCUACUACAAACCAGAUCUGACCAAAGAUGAGGCUGUGGGUCUGCUGAAGAAGUGCGUUGAGGAGCUGAACAGGCGUUUCAUCCUGAACCUCCACUCCUUCACUGUCCGUUUGAUUGACAAGGAGGGCAUCCAUGACCUGGAGAAGAUCACCAUUGGCACUAAGGGACCAAUCACGGCUUAAGUACAAACGAUGACGCCCCUUGCGCUCUGUAGUUUUUUUUUUGUACUGUUAACCUUCUUUCUCUUUCAAUAAAAAAGUGACACACAGUUGAGAUACAA